AUGCAACAACAGCCGACAGUAGCCUUUUUUGGGGCGACCGGGGGAUGUGCCAACGCGUGCCUGGCACUGGCCCUGCAAGCCGGGUAUCACUGCUCCGCCCUGGCUCGCACGCCCUCCAAGCUCCACAACCUGCUCCAGCAGCUCAAUGUCCCCGAAUCCGCCAUUGCGAAAUACCUAACGGUCACGGAAGGUGACAUCUACGAUCACGAGGCCGUUCAGAAGACCCUCUAUCUCGAUGGCCGCCCCGUCGACCUGAUCGUCUCGGGCCUCGGCGGUAAGCCACGCUUCGAGUAUGGCAUCAAAGCCACCCUAGACAACCCGACCAUCUGCCAAGAUGGCGUCCGGACCAUCCUGUCCGCCGCUCGAUCGUGUCCGCAGAAGCCCCGGAUCGUGAUCAUCAGCACCACCGGCCUCAGCGACACGCGCGACGUGCCACUUCUGAUGCUGCCCCUGUACCAUUGGUUGCUCAAGGUGCCACACGAGGACAAGAAGGUGAUGGAGAAGCUGGUCGAGGCCGAGAUGCAGAAGCCAGAGGAGGAACGCGCCAUCGACGGGUAUCUGAUGGUGCGGCCCUCCUUGUUGGUCAAUGGCGAUGGCGAUGGGUUGUCGAAGAUUAAGACCGGCACCGACGAGAAACCCGCGGUGGGCUAUUACAUUAGUCGUCGGGACGUGGGUCUUUGGAUAUUCGAGAGGAUAAUUCACCAGGCAUCGCUUACGGAGUGUCAGUAUUGGGGGCAGAAGGUGUCCUUGACGGUCUAG